CGAUAAUGAAUCCAAAUAAAUACCGCAAAUCUGCGAUUGUAACUGCCAAAACAGUAACAAUGAAGGUUCUGGUGAUUGUUUGCGCCCUUAUUGCAGUGUGCAGUAGUGCACCACCAUCUAUGAUCCCAGGGGACAAUAGUCACUAUGUAGAGGGUGAAAGUCGAUACAUCUGGAUACCGGAUGGGGAGGGUGUACCACACCUAGUCGAUUUGGAAGAGCCAGUUGAUGAAGAUGUCUUGAAUGGAAGAAAUGGUGCAAACAACCAAUACUGGCUAUUUACAAGACGCAAUCCCAACAAUGCCCAAAUCCUUCGCAAUGGAAAUGCUGGCUCAGUCACUAACUCCAAUUACGAUCGCAACCGAGCCCUGAAGGUCGUCGUCCACGGCUGGAACAGCAACGGAAAUUCCAACAUGAACCCUCUCAUCACCUCAGCUUUAUUAGCAGUUCAAGACUGCAACGUGAUUGUUGUAGACUGGCGCGAUCUAGCGAAUAAGAACUACGUUACUGCUGCAAACGGCGUACCCGGCGUUGGACAGGCCCUUGGCAACUUCUUGGUUUGGCUUAUUAACACUGCUGGCGGUAACUGGAACAAUGUCCACUUGAUAGGCUUCAGUUUAGGCGCUCAUGUAGUAGGAAAUGCCGGGCGCACUGCCGGAGGCAGACCCAGACGUGUUACAGGUCUCGAUCCCGCUGGUCCCAGGUGGGGAGGUAACUCAAACGCUCUGAACCGCAACUCUGGUGGCUACGUUGAAUGCAUCCACACCGAUGGUGGACUCUUGGGCAUCUUCGACCCAAUCGGUAACACAGACUUCUAUCCCAAUGGAGGUCGAAACGCACAACCGGGAUGCUGGGUCAGCACUUGCUCCCACAGCCGUGCAUACGAUCUCUUCGCGUCGACAGUACGAACUAAUCACUUGGUGGGAAGGAGAUGCAAUAAUUUAAAUGAAGCUAGAAAUGUUCAAUGUGCUGGUGCCUCUCUUAACAUGGGCAAUGGAAUUAUAAAUAAAUCUGGAUCUGGUCUUUACGGUCUGCGAACUCGCGACAGAUGGCCGUACUAAAAAUUGAAGACAUUGGCCUAAUAAACGACGACUGAUCAUAAA